AUGAAUGCACUGAGGCCGAUUACCGCGGGGACGGUGCUGGCUGGUCUCGACAAGUCGGGAGUGUCCGCGCUCGAUACCGAUCCAUACACGCUCAAAAUCCUGACCGAAGCUCCCGAGGGUAUUGAGCGAUUGGCCAGGCUGUGGUUCGUCAGUGUAGGAGGGUCCGCGCUCCCCGAUCAUCUUGGAGAUCAUCUCAUCGCGCGCGGUGUCAGACUCCGCCAGCUAUACGGGCAGACCGAAAGCGGCGGCCUGAUGGCGCCGUCGUCAGACACUCAAGACGGGUGGAGCUGGCUCGUCCCCAUGCCGCACGUCGAGCCGUAUCUUAGGUUCGAAAAGGUGGACCGGGAUCUUCACCACCUCGUUGUUCUCCCUGGUCUUCAGACGAAGAGACUUACAAACCGGCCCGACGGGGCGUAUGGGACAAACGAUCUCUUUAAGCGACACCCAACCGAUCCUCGAAAGUGGAAAUUCGCCGCGAGACACGAUGAUAUUAUUGUGAUGCUGAACGGGGAGAAGGCGGACCCAACACCACUGGAACAUGCUGUCGGCGGCAGUGAGUAUGUCCACGUAGCGGUUGUCUUUGGGGCCGGUCGUAGCUCCCUGGGUAUGCUCGUGGUCCCUUCCACGAAAGCGACCGGCCUGUCGCGCGAAGAGCUCGAGGAGAAAAUCGCUGCGAAUCUAGACCUAGGGAACUCGCGCGUUCCGGUUUAUGCCAAGGUCUCAAUGGACUCUGUGGUUCUCAAAGAGGUCGGCACGCAAGUACCGAUGACCCCCAAGGCGACUGUGAUCCGGCCGCAGGUUCUCGCCCAGUUUGCGUCGGAUAUCGACGAGUUCUACGCGGAGCGGGAGAGGGCGCAGAAUAGUUUAGCGAAAGCUAUCCCCGACGACCUGGUACACACAGUGGUCCGAGGCCUUGUGUGCACGACGUUGGGGGUCCCUGAGGAUGGCGAUGGAUCUAUGACCGAAGCCGAUGACUUCUUUACCCUAGGGAUGGACUCACUGCUUGCCUCGCAUGUGCGUGCUCGUCUGUUGCGCGAGGUCAAUAUGGGAGGUCGAACAUUGCGAACUAAUGUCGCCUUCGACUACCCAACUAUCGAACAGCUUUCUCAACAUAUUCUAGACGUGAGGCAUGGCAUCACUGAAGGGGUCACGGUAUCGAUCGAGGAAUUAGCACGGGGUCUUGUACGGAAAUAUACCAGGCAACUAAGACCUGUUGCCACAUCUGGCGAGCUGGAGACAUGUGAACCCCUGGCAGAAGUUGCCAUUGGCGCUUCACAAGGCAUCGUGCUCCUUACCGGCGCCACAGGAACCAUCGGACGCUUUGUUCUGCAUAGCCUCCUUGUCCGGGACGACGUGAAGCGAGUUUAUUGCCUCGUACGCGCCAACUCCGACGAAGCCGCCGUCCAGCGGGUCAGAAAGGCACUCGAAGGUGCUCGUCUCCUCGCCGCUCUCGAGUCCAGUCAGCUCGAAAAGGUCACAGCAUUAUCCAGUAACAUUGCAGCCGCUGACCUUGGCCUCUCUGCCGCAGUGUAUGAGGCGCUCCACGCCUCCGUCACGACCGUCAUCCACAACGCCUGGGCCGUCAACUUCAACAUGCACCUAGCCAGUUUCGAGUACCCGUCGAUCGCAAGUGUUCUGCACCUGUUGAACUUUGCCCGCCAAUCCACCCGGGCCUCAAAACCGAACUUCGCCUUCAUCUCCAGCACCGCGACGGUCCUCCACGCCCAUACGACCCCCAUCGCUGAGACCCGCCAUGGAUGGGACGUCGUCGGGAAUAUGGGAUACGCGCAAUCCAAAUGGGUGGCCGAGGAAAUCUGCACGCACGCUGCAGAGCACGGCGGACCCGACGGUCUUAGGAUCCAGAUCGUCCGCCGUUGCCAACAAUACAGGGGGGGCGAUGAGACGCACUUCUGGCUGCCGGUGGAUAUCUGUGGAGCCGCUGUUGUGCAGCUCGCCCUGUCGUCGGGGGACUCAUCGUCCUCUCCUUCUGUGUUCCACGUCUCUAACGGAGAGGGACUUUGCUGGAACGCGGACUUCCUGCCGGCCUUGCGAGAGGCUGGUCUGCAGUUCGACGAGCUGCCCCAACAGGAGUGGGUGAGUCGCCUGGAGCAAUCGGAUCCGGAUGUGCGGGGCAAUUCGCCGUACCGGUUGUUGGACCAUUUCAGGGAGAGAUAUGGCAAUGUGACGUCCAAGGACGCGGGUAAUGAGCACCGUUCCCUUGACAUCAGCUGUGCAAGGGCCUCCGCGCCGGCUUUGAAUCGCGCGGUGCGCGUAGACAACUUACUUGUUGGCAAGUUUGUGAAGUAUUGGUUGGAUAUUGCAUGGAAGGGUUUGGAAAAGGGACCCCUCUGA